UGGGGUGGUCUGGUAGGUAGUCACCUUUCCCUCCCUUCCAUCCUCUUCCUCCCUUUUGGCUCAAGCCAUGCGGCUUGAGUUGGCCACGGUGGCGUUUGCUCCUGCAUUCGUUCUCCCUGCACGCGUACUUUCCUCCUUCCUGGCGAUGGCGCGGCGUGCCAUCGAGACUCGAGAUCUGGCAGCUACAUCAUCAGAAACAGGAGCCUCAGCUUUCUCUGGACGUGUUGAUCCCACGGGUAGACGCAUGGCAUGAUGAUAUUCAGCAGCGUAACGAUGAUCAACAGCGUGAGGACGAUCCACUUCACCGUAAGGACGAUCUACAUCGAAAGGAUGAUCAGCAGCGUGUGGAAGAUCAAGUGCAUCAAGAUGAUCAGCAACGCAAAGACGAUCUACAGCGAGAGGACGAUUAACAACAUGUGGAAUAUCAAACACAUAAGGAAGAGCAGCAGCGUAAGGACGUGUUCAGCGUGUGGACGAUCAGCAGCGUGAAGAUGAUCUACAACGUGAGGACAGUCAACUACGAGUGUACGAUCGAGCGCCGCGUGAUUAUGACGAACAGCGUGAUGCCGAUCGGUAGCCUGAUGCCGAUCAACAGCGUGUGGAUGAUCAACAGCGAGAGGACGCUCGACAGCGAGAGUAUGUUCAACAGCGUGUGGAUGAUCUAUCGCGUAAUAAUGAUCUACAGCGAAAUGAUCUUCAACAACGUGUGGGCGAUCAACAUCGUGAGGACGAACGCCCACGUGAUCACGAUCACCAGCGUGUGGACGAUUAGCAGCGUGAGGAUGAUCAACGACAGCGGGACAAUCAACCGCGAACAGGCAACCACCAGCCAGAGGAUGAUCAACAGCGUGAGAAUGAACAGCAGCAUGAGGACGAUUUACAGUGUGUGAGCGAUCAUCAGCGAUAGGAUGUUCAACAACGUGUGGACGAUGUACGGCGUAAGGAUAAUCAACAGACGUGGGGUCUUCAACUGCGCAUUUGCGAUCAACAGUGUGAGGCCGUACAUCUUGAGGACGACUUGCAUCGUCUGAGUGACUUACAUCGGCCAGGCGAGCAGCAGCGUGAGGAGGAGCAGCAGCGAGAGGAUGUGCAACACAUAUUUUGUCAGCAAGAUGAGUGCGACAGUGUGCUAUGAUGAAUGGUGGUGCGAUAGGUCUUCGAUAUCUGGAACACUUAGGGAACUGGGGCUCGUCUUCUCCUGGGAUUCGCUUGCAGACCGUCCUGGGCACCCAUGAGGCACAGGGGCUGCCUAUGGCUGACCUCGCAGAGGUGGCAGCAGCUGCUGGACUCUUUCCGAGAGAACAUGUUGUAUGGAUUCGUCGCGCUGGUCGUGAUCUGAGAGCUGCUUGUAGUGAGUGAUCUGAUUGGGGAGUGCUUGCAUGUGUCUGAGUUGCUUUAGUUUCGUGCUGGUCGACCUCGACUCUUACAGCACGCCGCCGCCGCC